CCCGUAGCGCCGCGCUCGCACCCGCCGCGUUGGCGUCCACGCGUGGCGCGGCGGCUGCGCGGAAGCGCGCGCGGGGCCGCGCCUCCGCAGGAGUGGGCGCCGGCCCGAGCGCUGGGCGGUGCGUGCGGGCACACGCGUGUGUGCGAGCGGGGCCGUGUCCACGCGCGGGCGGCGCUCCGCGGGGUCUGUGAGUGCGCGGCAGGGCACGAACACGCAUGCCGUGGAGGUGCGAGUGCAUGGGGUGCGUGUGCCUGUGGGUGCGUGUCCCCACGCCGGCCGUGCCCCCCCAGCCCCUCACCCCGGCGUUGUCGGGGGGCGCUGCCCCGGGGCGGCCCCCCCGCGCCGGCCCCCGCCCCCGCCGCCCCCCCGCCGCCCUCCCGCAGCCCCCCCGGCCGCCGCGUAUCACCUGAAACCGCCGCGGUGUCGGGUUCGCGCUGGAGGGGCCGGGCCCUUCCGGGAGGUCCGGGGGGUCACGGCCGACCGGGGGUGGAAGCGUUCCCCCCCGGGGAGGGGGACACGGGGGGACACCGGCUCGCAUCACCGGAGUUAGCGGAGCGGGGGGACACUACACCUCUCCUCCCCUGCCUCAGUUUCCCCUGUGUGGCUCUGGCAUGCUCCGCGCAAAGGGAGGAGGUGAGGGGGAACACCACAUUCCUUGCCCCACGCAGCCUCGUGGGGGGACGCGCCCCCGGGGCACCCCCACGCCCAGCCCGUGGCGGGGGAUACGCACGGGGCUGCCCCACCCCGCCAGCUGCAAGGCCAGCCCCGGCCGCUCUCGAUUGACAGCUCCCGCACCCGAUGGCCGCGCCGGUCCCGCUGGGAAAGCCAAUCCCCGCGGGCGGGGGGGCCGGAGGCGGUGCUGCCCCCCGGCCUCGCCAUCCCCCCCGCGCUGCUGCCAGGUGUCUCUUUCGCAGGUGGCACCAUGGGGACAGGCUGUGCUGCUGGACCUGGGACCUGUCCUGCCAGCACCAAGCACCCACGCCAGCUGUCCCCAGCAUCACGCUGCUAAAAGAGAGCGGUGCCCAAGCCUGGGCAUGUGCUGCUGGACUAUGCCAUGUCCCCCGCUGGCUGACGGGCAGCCCUGGCCCUGUGAGGACACAGCCAGCCCUGAGCCAGACACCGGGACGCCGGAGUGCCCAGCACCACCAUGGCCCAGGACUGGGAGGCGGUGCUGUCGGGGAUGACGGUGGGCAGCCGGUCGCGGAGCUCCAGCAGCGAGGCCAGCCUGGCUCCCCACUUUCUCCUCAGCAAGCAGAGCCGCCUGCUCAAUGGGGCCACCCGGAGCACCCGCGCCACCUCCCCCAUGGGCCGUGUCAUCCUCAUCAAUGCCCCCAUCGAAGCCAGCAGCAACGAGAGUGACAUCAUCAAUGCCAUCACGGUGGAGAAGAGUGCAGAUGGCAAACUGGGCUUCAGUGUCCGUGGUGGCUCCGAGCAUGGGUUGGGCAUCUUUGUCAGCAAAGUGGAGGAGGGCAGUGCUGCCGAGCAGGCUGGGCUGUGUGUUGGUGACAAGAUCACAGAGGUGAACAGUGUGAGCCUGGAGAACAUCACCAUGAGCAGUGCUGUCAAGGUCCUCACCGGCAACAACCGCCUCCGCAUGGUGGUCCGGCGGAUGGGCCGUGUGCCAGGAAUCAAGUUCUCCAAGGAGAAGACAGCAUGGGUGGAUGUGGUGAACAGACGCCUGGUGGUGGAGAAAAGCGGCUCAACACCAUCGGAGAGCGGCUCCGAGGAUGGGCUGCGGCGCAUUGUCCACCUCUACACCACCUCUGAUGACUACUGCCUGGGCUUCAACAUCCGUGGUGGCAGGGAGUUUGGCCUCGGCAUCUAUGUCUCCAAGGUGGACCCUGGGGGGCUGGCGGAGCAGAACGGCAUUCGGGUGGGAGACCAAGUCCUUGCAGCCAAUGGAGUCAAGUUUGAAGACAUAAGCCAUAGCAAGGCAGUGGAGGUGCUCAAGGGGCAGACCCACAUCAUGCUCACCAUCAAGGAGACAGGCCGGUUCCCUGCCUACAAGGAGUUGGUGGCCGAGUACUGCUGGCUCAGUCGCUUGACCAACGGGCAGCUGCAGCAGUUGUCUCAAACCUCAGAAACCAGCUCCUCCAUCUCCUCCUACUCCUCGGGGCCAGCACCAGGGACAGUAAACGGGCUGGGGAUGGCUGCCCCAGGGCCCCCAGCCCGCACCGUGGAUGUGGCCAUCUCCACGGAGGAUGGGCCGCGGCGGAGCUGGGUGCGGGAGCGCGCCGAGCGGGCCAUGCAGACUGAGCCAGCCACCGAGGGGCUGCCGGAGACGCGGCGCACGGUGCGGCCCCCUGAGCUGCUGCGGGACACGGCCAUCCGGGGCCAGGGCACCCGCGAGACCCCCAGCAUUCACCCACGCCGGACCUUCACCCACUCACCCAAGACAGCGCUGCUGCUGGCGCUCAGCCGGCCACGGCAGCCCAUUACACGCUCCCAGAGUGACCUCACCGUCGCCGAGGAGAAGCGGAAGAAGGAGAAGCCAGAUGGACAAGGGGCACGGGGGGCCCCCCCAGGGCUGCACCGGUCCAAGACCCUUGUCAACCUCUUUUUCAAGGGGGGCCGUGCCACCAGCCAGAGCUGGGCCCUCCCGAGCCAGGAGGCCCCUGCCUCUGACCGUCGGGCACGCACUAAGUCCCCAGGGCGCUCCGAUGGGGACAGAGUAGGUGCUGUGCAGAAGUUUGUCAUCCGGAGCCUGAAGCGGGAGAAAAGCCAGCGUGCCAGCAUCCUGGGCCCCACGGGCAUCACCACCCUGCAGCCCAAUGGCAGCGAUCCUGAGGCCCGGCUCCCGCACAUCCAGGAAACCGCUACACGCCUCCUCAGCCCCGACGAGGUGACAGCCGUGCUCCGCCACUGCUCCCGGUACCUGCACGAGGGCAGUGUGGAGGAUUUGGUGCGGCCACUGCUGGCCAUCCUGGACCGGCCUGAGAAGGUCCUGCUGCUGCGGGAUGUGAGGAGUGUGGUGGCCCCCACAGACCUGGGCCGGUUUGACAGCAUGGUGAUGCCCUUGGAGUUGGAAGCCUUCGAUGCCCUAAAGAGCCGCUCAGUGCGCUCACCUGCCCUCCGGCCAGCCCGCCAUGAUGUCCCCCCCAAGAGACACCUCAUCACACCAGUGCCUGACUAUCGGGGUGGAUUCCUGCUGAAGCCAGCAGGAACCCCAGAGCUAGAGGAAGCUGGGGAGCAGCAGUCAAGCCCAGCCCGUCCAAGAGCAUCCCCCAGCCCCCGCCGGCUUCACCCCCGCACCUACACCCCACUCCCCGACGUGCCAGUGGAUGCCUACGCCUGCACCAGCCGCCCCCUGCCCACCCUUGGCCCCGGGUCCCCCAACUGGCUGCUGGCUGAGCCCCCCCAAGGCAAGAGGCACGGGCGCUCGCGCAGCCCCCGGGCCACCUGGCGCAAGGAGUCUCCCGGGACAGCACCUGACAGAGGGGCCGAGGUGCUGGGGAAGCCCCGGCGGGCACGGGCUUCUCUUUCCCCUCUCUUUGGGAGGACAGGGGGUGAGGCAGAGGCUGGAGCAGCCAUCAAUGGCCCCGAGGAUGCCAGCAGGGAAGAAGAGGAGGAGGAGGAAUAUCGUCUGCUCACUGUCACACUCUCCAAGCUGAAGCACUCGCUGGGGAUCAGCAUCUCCGGUGGCAUCGAGUCAAGGGCACAGCCAGUGGUGAAGAUUGAGAAGAUCUUCCCUGGUGGAGCCGCCUUCCUCAGUGGCAUCCUCAAGGCCGGACAGGAGCUGGUGUCGGUGGACGGGGAGAGCCUGCAGAACGUCACGCACCAGAAGGCUGUGGACAUCAUCCGCCAGGCUUACCGCAACAAAGCCAAGGAGCCCAUGGAGCUGGUGGUGCGGGUGCCUGGAGCAUCCUCAGACUGAUGCUGUACCUUCCCUUCAAGGAGCCAUCCCAUGUUCCAGAGGAGCCAGAUGGCUUAUUUCUACACUGAGCUGUGGCUGGUCUCAGCACAGCCAGAGGGUGGGAGAGCCAGACCCACCUCAAGGGCACAGAGCAGCUGCCCACUGCAGGACCCAAAGGAGAGCACCACUGGCAACACAGGAGAUGGACAGGUGGCCCCUGACCCCUCUCUGGACACACAGACACAGUCCUGAAAAAAACACAGCCAGGGGCUUGUUUUUUAAUUGCCGUUUCUGGGUGGUACAUGGGUGAGCCAGCGAGACACGACUGGAAUAAAGUACAAAAAUCCCCCCCUGGAGCCAGGGGUGACCAAGCCA